GAAUCAAUCAAACAAAUAAAAGUUCUCCACAAUAUCAAAUUUCAAACAAAACAAACUGUUCACCUGUAAAUUAUAAAAAUGGUAAUCACUCAAUCCAACAUCAAUCCGGCGAUCCAUUUCGCCUCCUUUACCAUCUGCCGUCGCGGACACCACCGCCUACGUAACUGCUUCUCGCUCCCACGCGUUGCUGCAUUCGGCCGCUCGCUCACCCUGACCACCGCCACGGCAAGAACCCGAGCCUUCUCAACCAACGACACUCAAGAUGAAAAAAUCGAUGAUGUCGAGAAACUACCGAACAAACCGCCGAUAUGCACAGCCGACGAGAUCCACUAUGUCUCCGUCAACAAUUCCGGCUGGCGCCUCGCCCUCUGGCGCUACAAUCCUUCUCCUCAGGCACCGCCACGAAAUCAUCCUCUGCUGCUGCUAUCUGGUGUGGGAACAAAUGCCAUUGGAUAUGAUCUUUCUCCUGGGUCUUCAUUUGCCCGUUACAUGUGUGGUCAAGGAUUUGAUACUUGGAUUCUUGAAGUUCGAGGAGCUGGGUUGAGCAUGCAUGGAUCAGAUGCUAAAGAUGUUGAGAAAUCAGCUCAUGCAAUGUCUGAAUUCAUGGAAGCUGCGGUUGAGAACGUAACCAAUGGACUUCCUUCCAGAGAGCAGCAGUCAACCAAUACCCAGAAUGACUUGGAAAAAGCUGAGAUAGCUGUAGCCAAUAAUGAACCAACAAGGAUUGCAACAGCAUGGGAUGAAUCAAAAUUGGUGACAAAAUUGACAGAAACAUUUAUGCGCUUAUCUGAAAGACUCUCUGGCUUUCUCAGUGAAAGUCAAUUCAACAUAAUGUCUGCUAAAUUUUUUGAUCAAAUAUCAAGACUCUUAGAGGAUUCGUUCAUUUUUGAACGCUUUAGUGAGGUAAGGGGGAAAUUACUGAGUUUGCUGGAAACAAGGCAGAACUCUGCUGUUGCUGGCCAAGUUAGGGAUCUAAGUCAAAAACUAGUAGAUAUUAUUGAAGAAGGUCAGCGUUCUGUUUCACCUCAGUUGUUUGAUCUGCAAGAGCGACUGAUUACUACCAUAGAAGAUUUCCAGAAACAAUUGGACUUGAUUAUCAAAUAUGAUUGGGACUUCGAUCAUUACCUUGAAGAAGAUGUUCCUGCUGCGAUGGAAUACAUAAGGGCCCAAAGCAAACCAAAGGAUGGUCGAUUGCUUGCAAUUGGACAUUCAAUGGGUGGUAUCUUGCUAUAUGCGAUGCUGUCACGAUAUGGUUUCGAAGGAAGAGAUCCCAGAUUAGCAGCUAUCGUAACAUUAGCGUCAUCACUUGACUACACAUCUUCUAAAUCCUCGCUCAAACUACUCCUACCCCUCGCUGAUCCUGCACAGGCUCUCAAUGUGCCUGUUGUUCCAUUAGGAGCAUUACUGUCUGCAGCUUAUCCUCUGUCAUCUCGUCCACCUUAUGUCUUAUCAUGGCUCAAUGACCUAAUAUCAGCACAAGAUAUGAUGCAUCCAGAGCUGUUGAAGAAGCUUGUUCUAAAUAACUUUUGUACUGUUCCUGCUAAACUUUUAUUGCAGCUGACAACUGCUUUUCGUGCGGGGGGGCUCCGUGAUAGAAGCUGUCAAUUUUUCUACAAGGAUCACCUUCAUAAAAGCAAUGUACCUGUCUUGGCUCUUGCUGGAGAUCGUGACUUAAUUUGUCCUCCAGAAGCUGUAUAUGAAACAGUGAAACUCAUUCCCGAGCAUUUGGUUACAUAUAAAGUAUUCGGAGAGCGUGACGGUCCUCAUUAUGCUCAUUAUGAUUUGGUGGGAGGACGAAUGGCCGCGGAACAACUAUACCCUUGUGUAGUCCAACAUCUAAGCCAUUAUGACAGUAAAUUAUCGGAUCAUGAGCUGUCGUGUAGCAAUUGUUAAGCAGCUAUCUUCAUAUACGAUGGGAAUUACAUACCUCCUCCUCUUUCGACUUAUUCGCUCAUGGUGUCACACUUUCAUGGUGAGGUGACCGAAAGGAUGAGCGAUAGGAAUAUCUCGUGACACUGUAUUUAACAGAAUAUACAAUGUGUUGUCAUUAUCUUUUAUUUCUUCAUCCUUCUUUUAGUUUUUUUCUGUUAAUGCUUAUUUCCAAGCAUUGGAUUCUGAUGUCUAAUUUUCCUUCGGGUAGUCAAAGUGGGCCGUGCCACUAAUUUAUAUUAUGUGAAGUGCGAUGCCUCUCAAGUCAAAACAUGCAUUUUUUGUUAUUUUCAGCCACAAUUUGGAGAUUUAUCUGUUGUUAUACAAACUUGUGUAUGUUUCCAAAAUUUAUUAAGAUGCAAUUCUCUUGAUUA